AUGAAGGCUUCAGCGGUCGUUGUCGGCCUGGUGUCAACCGUUGCCGUCUUCAGUUGUCUACCCGGCGCGCUGGGACAGCAGCAAGAUGGCCUUUGGGCACGACUCCGCCGGGCCAUCGGCGAGACCCAAUCUGACGAGGCGGACCAGCAACCUGGGAAGCCUCACGCCAUUCCAGUCCCGGAAGUGAAGGACUACAGCUAUCCACCCUAUGGUUAUCCACCACCUCCGCCUUCUUCAUCUGCACUGUCGUCUUCUGAAUCCACCACUCCAGGAUAUGGUCCUCAACCCUCGAGUGAAGCAUCUUCAAGCUCGUCAUCUUCCGAUGACUAUGGAAUAUCGUCGACAGCAGCGUACGGAACUAGUACCACCAGUUCUGGCGGAUACCCUCUUCCUGUGACUCCCUCGUCUACUGAAGGAGGAUACACGUCUAUUUCCGAGACGAGCUCUUCUUCCACAGAGAGCGGCUACUCAUUUGAGACUCUCACUUCUGGGCUACCAAGCAAUGCUCCUUCCACUCCCGCGACUUCCUUCGACAGGCUCAGCGUCACAGAACGCAACGGUUUCCAGCGCAACUCUUUCGGGGUCGCAGUCUUUGAACCAAACAACCACUCUCCGGCCAAGUGUUGGAGCGACCUCUGUCCCAGCCUCGAUUUCGGCAUCUCUGUUUACAUUGAGCACCUCUUCCACACUACCAGUCAAUUAUACUUCUUUCACAUCUGGAAGCUUAAUAUCUUCAAUCGUUACCUCUGGAACUCCGAGCCUUACUUCCCCAUCCGAUUCCAUUUCGGCGUCAGGAUCGGAAGGACUGCCGACCUCGGCUCCAGCAGGGAAUACGGCAGAGAGUUCUUCGCCCACAUAUUCACCAUCAUUGUCUGGCACAAUUACGGCCAGUCUGAAUACGAGUUCUUCAGGCUCGUCGCCAUCAUCUAUUCCAUCUAUACCCUCGAGCUCGAGUCAUCACUGGGAAAAUCCUUUAUCGUCGACCACCUUUCUUCCUUCUUCGAGCUGGAUUGUUGCCACGAAGUCUGCGUCGUCUUACCCGGCUCAGAUCUCGAACUCUACGGUUUCAACACCAUCUUCUGUUUUAUCCGGGUCACUAAAUACGGGUACAGAAAAUUCGGUCUUAUCCACUAUCCUGCCAUCAGGGACUCUUGUGACAACUCUUGCGACAAGCAGCAUUACGCCAGCCGCCAACACGACGAGAUCUACUACUUUGUUCCCAAGCUCUGUAUCGUUUUCUAUACCUGGGACGACGCUUUCGAGUCUGAACUCAACCAGCACCUCGAUUCCAUCCUCAUAUUUGUCGCAUCAAACGCCUUUACCAUCUCUCCACUCGACAUCUUUUACCAGUGGUCCGACAUCAAGUGCUCCUUUCUCCAGUUUUGGAUCUGGAUCCAGUUAUUCAACCGGUUCAUCUUCAGUUCUUCUCUACCCGAUGACAAUAUCCCCAGAAUCAUCGGCUUCGACCUCGAACUCCGCUCAAAACUUUUCAAGCGUAAAUUUACCAUCAACCAGCUCUGGCAACAUCAGCACAACCACUACAGGCUCGUCCAUCCCGACGUCAAUCUCAACAUCUGUGCCAUUGACAAGCCAAUCGCCAUCUCCCACUUCCAGCUAUGGGUCGUCACUGGCGCCCUUCCCAGUUACAAAUGGAACUUCCUCGACUCCAGGAACUGGCUCACUGCCGGGCACAGCACUGUCGACUUACUCAUCUCUGUCUUCUACAUUGACACUCGUUCCCCCGGUGAAUACAUCGCUCUCGACCCCCUUGCCCAGUCGGAGCUCUGUACCGGGGACAACCCAGCCGCUGACGUCGUCGAGUCCCCCCUAUCCCACCUCAAAUUUUGCAAACUCUUCAACGCGGGCAACGACAAGCGAGGUGGGCACAGCUAG